AUGGUUUCGUCGUCAGCAGCAGUAUCGACGCUGACCCGGCCGCAAGUAGCCGUCAGCAUCUUCACGGCCGCUAUUACUGCGGUGUCGCUCGGCUGUUUUUACUACUACUACUACUUCCCAAACCAAAAGGCCGAUGACGAGAACGAACCCCUUCCAGGACCUGGGCUGCAUCGAAGUAAUGCUGUUCGAAGGCACCGCCCCAAUGCUCAACAACCCGACUCCGACUCAGAUGAGCAUGGGGACGAGAAUGUCGACACAACCGCCCGCAUCCCCCUCGAGGAAGGGGUCAACACGGCCACCGCUGCAAGAAAUCUGACGGGCCUAUUGGCAACCGACGGACAGAAUGACGAUGACUGGUACAACGAUGAAAGACACGUACCCAGAUUCCAGCGCACCGGCGAGAAUAUCGUAACGCUACUGUUUAGGGUUUCGGAAGACAAUGCGCGACGGAAUGCCUACGUCCACCGCGGCUGCCAAUGUAAUGGAUGUGGCAUGGUCCCCAUACGAGGCAUAAGAUACCGCUGCGCCAACUGCGCCGACUUCGAUCUCUGCGAGGUGUGUGAGGCUCAAGGUCUGCAUAACAAGACCCAUGUUUUCUACAAGGUCCGCGUACCAGCACCACCUUUUGGUCCCCGUCACGUACAGCCCGCCUGGUAUCCUGGAGAUCCUGAUAGUCAGAUUCGCAGCCUGCCGAGAUCCUUGCUAUCCAAGUGGUCCCACGAGACGGGGUUUGAGCGCGUGGAGCUGGACGCUUUCUGGGAGCAAUGGACCUUCAUGGCAAAUACUGAAUGGAGGGAUGAUCCUGAUGGCUUAUGUCUAGCCAUGGAUCGCAAGACCUUUGAGCGCUGCCUCAUUCCAUCUGGCGGUUAUCGGUACACCUCGCCCAACUUGAUUCACGAUCGCAUGUUUGCAUUUUACGACACCAACAAGGACGACCUUAUCAGUUUCCAGGAGUUUCUGCAUGGCGUUUCCUACCGUAAGAGGAAGGACAAGCUCAAAAGGACUUUCGAUGGCUAUGACAUAGACGGCGAUGGCUUCGUGAAUAGACGCGACUUCUUGCGCAUGUUUCGCGCAUAUUACGUCCUCUACAAGCAGAUGCAUAGGGACAUCUUGGAAGGCCUGGAUGAUCAUAUGAUGACCACGACAGAAGCCCAACAACUUGUCACCAGCAGAGCACCGCUGAGCAGUCUUUUCGGUCGGGAGGGUAGCGUUCCUGCCGGUGAUCACUCGAGACCCAUAGAAGGCAAGAUCUUUCAUUCGAAUGGCGAAGUGGAUAUCCGAGAUGGGAAAGACGGUGCUGUCAAUGAGGAUAAGCCCGAUACUUCGGCCCGCGAUGAGAUCUUGACUGGACUGUUUGCGAGAACCGGCAGCAGAAGCUUAUUCACCGAGUCCUUUGGGGCAUCAUCCAGGCGGACUCGUUCUCCAAAUGGCGAUUCUUCUCAAUAUUUGGCUGGUAUCAUCAACCCCCCGCAGAACACUGUUGAUCUAGCAUCCUUGAUCAAUGGUGACUACAGUCAACUUGACGACAUAUUAGCCUCAAUCCGUAGUGAAGCACCACACCCUGAUGUAGACGAAAGUGGCAGCAGUGACUCUUCUGACGAAGAAAACCACACGACGCCUGGGGUUCGCGAUGCACAUAACAGCUCAGCGGCAGAGGCCGGCAUGAAUAUCACCGACGAAUCGGCUAACGCUCGGUUGAAGAGAAUUCAAGCGAGGAGGCAAUUGCAUGAGCGAUGGAAGCGACGACAGUUCUACCUUGACGAGGAAGAGGGUGCACAACCACCUCAGGGGUGGGACGAGGACGAGGACGUGCUAGUGAACUUGAACGGGAUCGCAGAAUCUUCCAAAUUUCCGCGGCCGGUGUUUUCUGCCCGUUCGAGGUCCUCUUCCAAGGUUCGCUUCGCGGAGGACACGGACGAUUUCGAUAUUCGAUCGAACCCGUCCACGUCUUCCCGGAGUGUUCCCGAGCGGUGGGGGGGAAUGGAAAUCCCCGACGCCGAGCGCGAUGCUGGAAAGGAGAUACUGUAUCAGGUCACUCAGCAAGCCUUCAAUGAACUCCUGGAUGACAUCUUCAAGAAGCAAGAAGACCUGGCGAUUCAAUGUGCCGAAACGAAAGAGGACCGCGACAAGUAUCGUCACCUCUUUGAACACAUCGAAACCGAGCCAUACUCUAGAACACCGCCAGAGAGACCAGAGAGGCCAGCUUACCCGUCAAGCAGUCAUCCCACCGGCGAACGAAGUCUAGAUGAACUACUGUCUAUGACUGGAUACACCGUCAGCUCACCACCCGAAGAUGACGAUGAGUUGCCCAAUCUCGACCCCCAGGAUCGACCAGGAGAGACUUCUGAUCAGCAAGACAACGGCAGCAAGUACGAAAAGGAGAAUAAGGUGGUUGAGCCCGUUACUCGUACUAGGGACCCCGAAGUACCGGAAAACUACGAUCCCACUAUGCCGCAAUUCCGGCCAAAUAGCUCUCAAGCCUUGGCCAAGGAUUCUACGACGUCGCACCAAGCCACCACCUCUUGCAACAAGCCCUCUGACUCUGAAUCCACCAAAUCCAAUGACACGAAUGACAUGAAAGCAUCCCAAGGGCUGCGCAUCGAGGAGAAGCCUCGGGACAAGGAUGACGAAGCAGAACCACUCGGCCACAUACCCCACUCGACGCUCGUGACGUGGAAACGUCUCGACCUGGCCGAAGAGGAGGCCAAGAAGCGCGACGGCUGGGGCAAGCUUAGCUACAACGAGUUUGAGGCCAUCUACAAAAAGCACGAGUUUGCAGACAGCAGCCGCAACCGACUGGACUACCUGGGCAGCUGGAUCGACUUCUGCAUCCCCUAG